UUGGUCCUUGGGGUGGAAAUGGAGGAAUCGAAUAUGUCAUGGAGACAGUUCCUCACCGUCUAGAAAGCAUAACAAUUUAUAGUUCUGUUGUUGUUGAUUCCCUCGAAUUUUCCUAUAGUGAAGUUAAUGGGGACAAUCACACUUCAGGUCCUUGGGGAAGUGCUAGUAGUGAAAGUAGCCAAAUGAUUCGGCUUGGCUCUCACGACUUUCUAAGGGAAGUUUCUGGAACAGUAGGUCCGUUUAAUUCAAUGCCGAAUGUUAUUACAUCGCUUAAGUUCUUCACAAAUGGUGGUACCUAUGGACCUUUUGGACAAGGAGGAGGGACUCCGUUUAAAGUUGAUCCGUUGGAGUAUAGUAGCAACAUCGUUGGUUUCUUUGGCCGUGCAGAGCAGUGCCUCGAAACAUUUGGGAUCUACAUUCGCAAAUUCUAACCUGAGAUUGGCCAAAUGCUGUUGAGGCAUUAGUUUGUGUGCAUAUGCCUCCCCUUUCUACUUCUUGAUAUUGCUUUGUUUAUCAUAAGAUUGUCGCGUACUCCUGCUGACUGUUGUAUUGUUCAUUAAGAAACUACAUAUAUAAUACUACCUUCAUUUUAAUGUAUGAAGCCGUUGACUUUUUUUUAACGUUUGACCAUUCGUUUUAUUAAAAAAAAUUUAUGUAAUUAUCAUUUAUUUUAUUGUGACUUGAUUCAUCAUCAAAUUUCUUUAAGCAUGAUAUAAAUAUUUUCAUAUUUGCACAAAAUAUUUGAAUAAAACGAAUGGUCAAACGUUGAUCGAAAAGUCAACAGUGUCAUACAUAUAUGGAGGGAGUAUAUUUUAGCUGCUGUUCGUUUGAAUAUAUUGAACAUUCACUACCCAAAUGAAAUGCUGAGCACCGGUUGCUAGGAACUACUCUGUUGACAUACUGGAAUUGGU